CCUCCUUCUCCUCCUCCCUCGCCUGCUUCCCUCCAGUAUCCCGGCUCCCUCUCCUCUCCUCUGCACCUGCUCCUCCCCUCCUGCCUCGCUUAUUAUCCUCUGACUCGGAUCUGCGCUCUAUCCUCGCCAAGUGAUGCUCCUCGGUGGCGCUUCAUCGAUGCACGGAGCUCCGCCGCGGUCUGGUUUCUUCCGCGGGGAAACGUGCACUGAGAGGCGGCCGAACAUGGGAAUUUGAUGGGGGGGUUUCUGAGGGAGUGAGCUGGAGGAGGGAAGGACGACGAGGAGGCGCAGAGGUCCCAUCAGAGAGCGGUGAAGGACUUGGAGCAAGAGGGGGAGGAGGAGGAAGGACUCCGGGGAAGCGGGACGCAGAGGAUGGCUUACAAGCUUUACAUAGUUUGAUCCGGAUUUCGGAGGAAAAGAAUUGAUUUAUUUUUUAUCUUGGAGUUUCUGGAUCCUUUCUGUUUGUGAUGGAGUGAUACAAAGAGCGCGCUGUAAGUUCAGAUCCGCCAUGAAAUCAGUGUUUUUCAGUCGCUUCUUCAUCCUCUUGCCCUGGGUCCUUAUUGUCAUCAUAAUGAUCGACAUCGACAGUAAAAGGGCGAUCCGGGCUCCGGCGGCUGGGCGGACCGGCAGGGCGCAGCGGAACCCCCGGGGCGGCUCACCGGGAGCCGGCGGCGCCCAGAACCAGUCAUCGCUGCCCAUCAUCUACGCCAUCACCCCGACGUACAGCCGCCCGGUGCAGAAAGCCGAGCUGACCCGGCUGGCCCACGUCUUCCGCCAGGUGCCCCGAAUCCACUGGAUCGUCGUGGAGGACUCGACCUCCCGCACCGACCUGGUGACGCGCUUCCUGGCCCGGAGCGGCGUGCCGUACACGCACCUGCACGUGUUCACUCCCCGCAGGUUCAAGCGCGCCGGGAUGCCACGCGCCACCGAGCAGAGGAACGCGGCUCUCGCGUGGCUCCGGCAGCACCGCGGCAAGCGCGACUCCGGCGUGGUUUUCUUCGCGGAUGACGACAACACGUACAGCCUGGAGCUGUUCGAGGAGAUGCGAAGCACUCGAGGUGUUUCUGUUUGGCCUGUGGGAUUUGUGGGUGGCCGAACAUAUGAGCGCCCCCUGGUGUCCGGGGGCAAAGUGGUUGGUUGGUACACUGGCUGGAGGCCGGAUAGACCCUUUGCUACUGACAUGGCAGGUAAGAAGCAAAAUGGAGAGAUAAUGAGACUGACUUUUUCUGCCUCAUUGGAAGAAAAAUGUCUUGUGUUUCAGGUAACAAGAUGCUAAGAAGUGAUUAUAUAUUCAAUAUCUAACCUCAAAUAUUCAAUGUAAUUCAACACAGUUGUUGCUAAAGGCAAAGUAACUCUCAGGGUGCAUUCAGACCAGCCCUGAUUGGUUCGUUUUCGUCAAACGCUGGUUCGUUUGGCGAUGUAUGAAUUCGCAAUCAAAGUCUGAUGUGAAUCAAAAAAGCAAACU